AUGUCCAUGUCCCGCCCAUACGAAGCAGCAACCACAUCAGCCACCACCUCUAGCAGCAGCACGCAGUUUACUCCUGACGGUAAAGGCGCCGGUCUCUUCAGCAACGGGACUAGUAUGACAUCUCACCACACCCACGCACACGAAUCGGUCACUACAAACAACAACGCCCAUCUCGGAGCAACCUCUGGCAGAGCCGAGGCGCACAACAACAUGCACCUAGGCCCAACAUCAGCACGCGACGAAGAGACGCUCUCCGCCGGGUCAACAGCCCGAGCAGAAUCCAACGCGUACAGGAUGAGCGCCCACAACGGCGACCUAGAGAAGGACUUCUCCUCGCGGAACGGCUACGGAUUCAACGGUGCCGGCCAGGGCGGGCACCAGCAUCUGGGCGACCACAUGGACGAGGAUCUGGCACUGCGCCAUAUUCGCACGGCGGGCAGCAUCUCCCUCUCGCCCGAGCUGUUCGAGAAGCUGUACCUGUCGCCCAAGAACGAAGUCAAGGGCGAGCUGCGCAAGACGUUCGGCAACCCUACGCCGCUUGCCCUCAUUGGCUUCCUGCUGUCGCUCACGCCCCUGAGUUGGAAUUUGAUGGGAUGGCGAGGCGCAGGAGGCAGCGGAUCCGCCAGUAUCGGGUGGUACUUUUUCGCCGGCGGUCUGUUGAUGGUUCUCGGCGGGCUAGGAGAAUGGAUCCUCGGCAACACCUUUCCCUUUGUUGUCUUCACCUCGUUCGGUGCCUUCUGGCUCGGUUACGGCGCCACUCUGGUCCCCGCGUAUGGUGCCUACGGAAACUACGCAAACCCAUCUGUCCAAGGUAGCACGGGCCUGGAAUCCGUGGGCUUCAACGUCGGUAUUGGUUACUUCAUGAUCUCCAUGAGCAUGCUCUGCCUCAUCUAUCUCGUCUGCUCGAUGCGAACCAACCUGGUCUUCUUCCUCAUCUUCUUCACCCUCACUCCCGCAUUCGCUCUCCUCGCGGGUGCCUUCCUGAACCUAGCCGAGGGCAAGGCGACCACGGCGGCAAAGUGCCAAGAAGCGGCCGGUGCCUUCGCCUUCGUGACGUGUAUCUGCGGGUGGUAUAUCUUCUUCGCCAUUAUGCUGGCUAGCGUCGACUUCCCCUUCUCGCUGCCCAUUGUGGAUCUGUCCGGUGUCAUCAAGGGCGCUAGCGAGAAGCAGAAGCAGGAUCACGUCGACUGA